AUGUCACACGUGUGUGUCGAAACGAUUGAUUCAUGCUGUGUGUGUUGGGGUGUUGCAGGGAACAUUCUCAUGACCGAGGAAGCUUGUGGUGAGAUUAAGAUCACGGAUUUCGGGCUGAGUAAGAUCAUGGACGAGGAGAAUUAUAAUCCGGAUCACGGGAUGGACCUGACUUCACAGGGCGCAGGAACGUAUUGGUUAGUACUCUGCAGUUACUCAUGCCCGAGGUACCUUCCGCCCGAGUGUUUCGUUGUUGGCAAGAAUCCUCCGAAAAUAUCGUCGAAAGUCGAUGUGUGGAGCGUCGGUGUGAUCUUCUAUCAGUGUCUGUAUGGGAAGAAGCCAUUUGGACAUAACCAGAGUCAGGCGACAAUCUUGGAGCAGAAUACAAUCUUGAAAGCCACCGAGGUGCAGUUUCCUUCACGGCCUGCUGUUUCCUCAGAGGCCAAGGUGAGAAGAGACGGUCGUUGGAUUUCUUUUUUUCUCUGGGUCUUUUAUUUUUUGACAAUUUGUGUUGUUUUCCGCGUGAGGAUAUACGAGGGUUGUCCCACUUGGACGCGACCUUGGUUAUUUCUAGACUUGGGAUGA